ACAGAGUGGUCACAGGGGGCGACAGUGAGUCGUCGUUCAAACACGUUGAAGCGCCGCAGAAGAAGAAGUGCGGCUACUGGACUUUACUUGAAUGACAUUAGAGCAAAGUGUGCGGUGUCACGUCUUGUUUCUCCAGCCGGCGACAGAUAAGCAAACUUCGGCGGAGUGCUGCAGUGUUUCUGACACCUGACUCCCUGACUCCCUGUGAAAAUGCGGGACCGGACGAAGGAGCUGGGGAACAAAGGGGGGGCUUCAGAUGAGGAUGAGGAGGGCAAAGCUCUGAUGGGCAAAGUGCCGGUUUCAGCCAAAGAGGAAAAGGACAAUGAGGCUUUCUUUAAGAAGGUGAAAGAGAUUCAUGAGGGUCUCCACAGUCUCAAAAAGAUGGUGUCAGACUUGGAGAACAAACAGAAAACUGUGCUUGGUGUGGCUCUGCCAGAGGAGAGUAUGAAGAAAGAGCUCCAGUCUCUUCGAGAGGAGAUCAAAACACUGGCAGGCCAGAUUCAGAGAAAACUGAAAAGUAUUGAAACUAAGAAGGGAGAGGAUGAUGGGAAAUACAUCCCCAUAAACGUUCGGAUGCAGCGCACUCAGCACGGAGUCCUGUCCAAGGAGUUUGUGGAGUUGAUGGGUCACUGUAACACCAUCCAGGCCCAGUACCGAGACCGUAACGUGGAGAGAAUACAGAGGCAACUUAAAAUCACUGGGAAUAACGUGUCAGAUGAGGAGCUGGAUGCUAUGCUCGAAAGCGGGCAGACGGACGUUUUCACCCAGAACAUCCUGAUUGAUGCUAAAGCUACAAAACAGGCCUUGAACGAGAUUGAGUCACGGCACGAUGAGAUCCUGAAGCUGGAGAGGAGCAUCAGAGACCUGCACGACAUGUUCCAGUACCUCGCCAUGGAGGUGGAGGCGCAGGGGGAGAUGGUUGACCGGAUUGAAAACAACAUCAAACAGUCUUGUGACUAUGUGGAGAAAGCGAAGGAAAACACAGCACAAGCCGUCACAUAUCAGCGCAAAGCACGCAAGAAAAAGCUUUGGAUUGCGAUCUGUUUAGCGAUACUCCUCCUCAUCAUCAUCAUCGCCUUGGUGACCAGCUUCAGUGGCUGAAACCAGGCGCUGCCGUUCGGCUGUGGAUUGGUUUGGCAGAGGCACAUUAAAGCUCUAAGAAGUCCCCCUUUCGUGUAGCUCAGCCCACCGGAUGAACGCAGUCAGCGGAGUCUCAUGUCGCCUCAUCUCCAUCUAACCCUCCUCUCCUCCUAACUGGCCCUUGUUUAAGAAGAGAUGUGCUCUCUGGUUGUGUAAGUCAAACUACAAUCUUGCCACUUCUACUUGAGGCGUUGCUGCAGGUUUAUGGACCCUAUCCCCCAAUCAAGCUUCAGUCUGCAACAGACUUGGCCUAAAUCUGAGCUGUUGCGUCAGUUCCACGCGAGACAGAGGAAACGAUGGGCUUUGAACUGGUCAGUGUGAUUUUAAACCCAAACGCUGGUGCUGACCUGUCUGUACUCAGGAAAACUCUCGUUAUGUGGUCGAUUCUGGAUGAAUUAGAAGCGUCAAGAACAAUAACAUCUAUUAUAGGCUAAUAACUGUAUAUAACCACACAUUACUGGGGGUUAGGUCAAAGUUUUUUUUUAAGUUUGAAACUGCUUCCAUGUAAUAAAUGUAAAUAUGUUUUUGUGUAAUGACAGCCCUGCUUUCUUGUUUUUAAAGCUUCUCAUCACUGCAGGCCCAACGUGCCCUUCUAUUUGUCUUACAUGUAUUUAUAGUUUGAACAAAGAAUUCCUGUUUUUUCCUUAAACUGUGCCUUUUACAGGAAGCAGAGGACGUCAUGUGCACUAACAUUGUUAAUAAGGGAUUGAAUAAGUUUGUUUUCCACAUGUUUAAUUCACAAAGCAGUGUUUGAGUCGAGUUCUCGGCUUCACGUGUAAACUCUGACUCUGUCGCCACGUUUCCUUCACAUGUUUGUCACAUUGUCAAGUUCAGUCCUGGACCAGUAACAUGUUUACUAACCAGAUAAAAGCAUUUAAGGAGACGGAUCCCUGCUGUGCAAAUGUGACACGUGUGAAGGGAAACUGUGAAAUCAGUGUGUGCAGUUUGAUGGCAGUUGUAUUUUAAGUCAUUUGUUUUUAAUAUAGAUUUGUUCAUAAAAAUAAAAUACUGCAAUAUUCAA